UGAGCGAUCAUGGCAACGGGCUCCGGCAGGGAGCGCGUGGCAGCGGUGGCAGCGGUGGCAGUUUGGUCGCGGACUGGGACGGAGGGCCGGCGGCGGCGGCGGUGGCAGUGGCCCUGGCACCGGUCCUGAGCGCCAUGCAGCCGGGCGGCUCCGAGAGGGAGUUGGCGGUAGGGUGGGAGGCGGAGGCGGUGGCCGCGGCUGAACCGCAGGCAGCGGCGGCGGAGCAGGUCCGCGUGGACGCGGGGGCGUCCGGGGAGCCGGAGCGCAAGGCGAGGGAGGAGCCGGCCAAGGACCCGGUCCCGGCGCAGCCCCGCGCGACAGAGGAGGGGGACGCCCGCGUCCUCCCGCGGCCGCCGCCCGCGCUGCCCGUGUCCAGGCCGAAGCUGGCGCCCGCACCGGGUCUCUGGCCGCAGGGGAAGCCCAGGAGCAAGGGCCAAAGUUGCAAGCGGAGCCCGAGCCGCCGGUCGGGCGAGUACCACUCUCUGCGGCCCGUCACCGUGGACAGCUCCAAGGCCAGGACUUCCCUGGACGCCCUGAAGAUCAGCAUUCGUCAGCUCCAGUGGAAGGAGUUCCCUUUUGGCCGACGCUUGCCAUGUGACAUCUACUGGCACGGUGUUUCAUUUCACGACAGUGACAUAUACUCCGGUCAAGUGAACAAGUUCCCAGGCAUGACGGAGAUGGUGCGGAAGAUCACUCUGAGCAGGGCCGUGAGGAUCAUGCAGAGCCUCUUCCCCGAGGAGUACAACUUCUACCCUCGUUCCUGGAUCCUGCCCGACGAGUUCCAGCUCUUUGCCGCUCAGGUUCGAAUGGUGAAAGACGGAAACCCUUCCUGGAAGCCCACUUUCAUUGUGAAACCUGAUGGUGGUUGCCAGGGCGACGGAAUCUACCUCAUCAAAGACCCCAGUGACAUCCGCCUGGCAGGGACCCUGCAGCGCAGGCCGGCGGUGGUCCAGGAGUACAUCUGCAAACCUCUCCUCAUCGACAAGCUCAAGUUUGACAUUCGCCUGUACGUCUUACUGAAGUCCUUAGACCCCUUAGAGAUUUACAUAGCCAAAGAUGGACUCUCUAGGUUUUGUACGGAGCCGUACCAGGAGCCCACCCCCAAGAACCUGCACCACAUCUUCAUGCACUUAACCAACUACUCGCUGAACAUCCACAGCGGGAACUUCGUCCACUCGGACAGCACGAGCACGGGCAGCAAGAGGACUUUCUCCAGCAUCCUGUGCAGGCUGUCCUCCAAAGGCGUCGACAUCAAGAAGGUCUGGUCCGACAUCAUCUCCCUGGUGAUCAAGACCGUCAUCGCCCUGACUCCAGAGCUCAAAGUCUUCUACCAGUCCGACAUCCCCGCGGGGAGGCCCGGGCCCACGUGCUUCCAGAUUCUAGGCUUUGACAUCCUCCUAAUGAAAAAUCUGAAGCCUAUCCUACUUGAAGUUAACGCGAAUCCCAGCAUGAGGAUCGAACAUGAGCAAGAGCUCUCUCCAGGGGUGUUUGAAAACGUCCCCAGCCUUGUCGACGAGGAAGUGAAGGUGGCCGUGAUCAGAGACACCCUGCGCCUCAUGGACCCGCUGAAGAAGAAAAGAGAGAACCAGUCUCAGCAGCUGGAGAAGCCAGAAGCUGGAAAGGAAGAUCCUUCUGACAGUGAUCUGGCCAUCGCCUCUGAUGGCAACCCCAACCCCGAAGCCCACCUGCCCUCCAUCUGCCUCAAGCAGGUGUUCCCCAAGUACGCGAAGCAAUUCAACUACCUGCGCCUGGUGGACAGGAUGGCCAAUUUGUUUAUCCGGUUCCUGGGAAUCAAGGGAACAAUGAAGUUGGGACCAACAGGCUUCCGUACCUUCAUAAGGAAUUGCAAGCUGAGCAGCAGCAGCCUGUCCAUGGCCGCCGUGGACAUCCUGUACAUCGACAUCACAAGGAGAUGGAACUCCAUGACCCUGGACCAGCGGGAUUCAGGGAUGUGCCUGCAGGCCUUCGUGGAAGCUUUCUUCUACCUGGCUCAGCGAAAGUUCAAGUUGCUGCCCCUCCACAAGCAGGUGGCCUCGCUGAUCGACCUGUGCGAAUACCACCUGUCCCUGCUGGACGAGAAGCGUCUGGUGUGCGGCCGGAGUGGCAGGCCUGGGGGCCGGCCCCCCUACAGCGGCACGCCCCAGGAAGCCGCCCCGGCAGCCCCGCCGGCAGAGAGCGACCUCCGGCCCUGCACUGCCAAGCUCUCCCAUCCCAGACACGCCCCAGCCUGAGGGCCGCUCCGUCCUCCCAGGAGAGCAAGCCCUCCGGGGCCCGAGGGAGGCCCUGGACGUCCCGCCCGUGGAGCAACACGGGCUGCUGAGAACUCCCGCCCGGGGCGCUGCUCAUGGUCCCCUGUUGUGCGGAGCUGCGCCUCGAGGGUCCGGUCGAUUCCCUCUCGCCUUCCUCCCGGUGCCUCUGGGUGGUGAUCCUGUUUUCCAGCCAUCAGUGGACACACGGCAUCCCAAAGGUGACAGGUGGCGCCUUCCAUCCUGAGCUCACGGGAAGCAACAACAGGGGUAGACCUGUUGGGUUGGGGGCAACCAGGAAAGAAAGGACUUGCGGGAGCCGAGUCUGGGGUCCGCCGGGGCCGCGGGAGCGAGCGUCAUGUCCGCUGCCCGCCACCACCCUGAGAGGACGAAGGGGGAGCGCCCAUCCCAAUCAUGUGCUACGCGGGUGUAGUUAACAGAUUAGCCUCAUUUAUUUCAUUAGCUCGCCUGUUGCUGCGGUGGCUGGUUCGCUAUUAAUUAAGAAAUAAUUAACUAAGAAGUCACUAAGGCUCCUAGAGUCUUAAAGCUGGCAGGAGCCACAGAGGUUAUUUUGCCUGAUUUUGUUUGACCUUGACCCCAAAGCAAGAGUCCCAUGGUCACAGGGCCUCCGAUUGGAGCCCUCACAGGUGGGGUGCUCACCGUGCGGCCCCCACUGCCGCGGGCUCCUGUGUGCCCGCCCCAGGCUGGGCACGCUGGGUGACGACGGGAGGGGGCUUCCGAGGGGAGGAAACAAGACCCGGGUGAGGGGUGAGGGUCGGGUGAGCAGAGCACGAGGAACGAACCCAGGCGCCAGACGUGCGGGGAGAAGGGGGCCCACGCUCCCCUCGCACCAGAGCCUUCUCUUGUCUCCACCUGUGUCCCCUGCUCGCUGGUGGCCACAGUGGCAUUGUGGGAGAUAGCCACGGGCGAGACAGGGUCCAAGGCACACUGACGACAGGUGGCGGGAGACAGCCCUGACCGAGCCCCUGGACAGCCAGCCCUCCAGCGUGGGCUCCAAGGAAGGUGGCUCGGCCUGCCUCUGUCUGGGGAGCGUGCACCACAGGACACUCGAGUCGCGGCACCGGGGCCCGGCCAGAAGCGGGCCAGCACGCGGUGCUGGUCAGGGCACCUUGAGCUCAGGGCCGCUGUCAGCAGUGCUGGUCCCCGUGCGGAGACAGGCGCCUCCACCCCCAGACAAGCCCCCUCGCCCACUCUCCCGUCUCCCUGGGCCUCCGUCCCCGCGCCCCAGCUCAGACCUCACCCUCCCUCACCUGGACCCCGGCAGUCUCCUGCCUCUCGGCUCCCUCAACACACCCUCCAUCCCUCUCAGGUGAAGGGAGCUCGGAGCACAGCAGCCGACGGCAGGAACCCCCUACUUCAGUCUACCCUCAUCUCCGCCCACAUAGAGCCCAGACCCCUGGCACCGGCAGUCAAGGCCCCUCCUAAAUCUAACCCCUGUCUUCCUGAAUGCGCCUGGCCCACGCACCUCAUGCGCCCUGCCUGCAGCCCCGUGCCCCCACGGCUCCUCGUAUCCGCCUUCGCCGUGCCGAGGAGAACAUUCUGUGAUUCCCCCAGUGGGAAGGCUGAGGGUGCGGACCUGCUCGGCGCUCUCCCGUCCUCCAGUUUGCCGUCUCCUCUGCCUCCGUCCAAUGGAAACUUACUUGUCUUUCAAAGUCAAGCUCAAGUGUCUCCUAUGCAACCCCCGCAAACAGAAGGAACUGCUCCUGCUUAUACCUGUGAGAACCUGGGAAGUGCCCUCGUGAUCAACGCCCGCCCUGUGGCGUUCGCUCCCACCAAAUUAUGCGUUCUUUCAGGGCCAGGCAGGGGCGGGGUCCACGCUCGCCCCUUCGCACACACAGCGGGGCCCAGCCGGUGCUGCUUGAAAUAACCCGAAUGUCCAGCAGGCCCCAGGUGAGGAGUGGCGAUGCAACGCUCCUUCUCCCCUGAGCCUGUGGGUGCCCCUAAGAAUCGUGCUUUUCCGAAUCUCACCAAGACGACUCGCUGAGCACUUUCGUGCCCACAGCAGGCUCCUUGGCUCCCAGGCACGGGGCCUGUCCUGUGAACCCAAGCAGACGGUGGCUCCUCUGACCCUGGGCAGUCUCUCUCCGUGUCCCUUUGUCCCAGGCUCAGGGCUGGGCUGCGUCCCCCAGGGGCACCGGCUGUCGUCCAGCCUUGGAGACUAAGGCCCCACUGGGCUGGAUGGUCCUCACCGUGGCUCCUCCAUCCGCGCCCAGCUGUCUCUCCACCUCCACAGCCACCUGCCCUUGGGCGAGGUGGGGUAGGUCAGAUUAGAUGAUCCCAACACGAAUACAGACAGUCUGGGCGGGUGAGACCGGGGUGGGGCAGACUCUAGACCCUCAGAAUGGUGCUCUGUGCCUUUCUAGAACCACCUCCCUUUCUGACACAAAUUUAGCACGUGCUCACUUCACGGUUUACAAAGUACUUUUACGGCCAUCCUCCCCACGCCCAGGGAAGGUUGAGGAUCUCACUGCCGUCUCUCCUCAGGUGGGGACUGAUGCCCAGGAGGUCAGGUGACUGGCCCAAGGCCUCAGGGCUGAGCCAGGACUCACAGGGAGGUCCCCUGGCCCCCGGUCCCUUGCUCCUUCUCAGCACCACAGCUGCUCUCCACAGCGUCCCAGUGUUCCUACAACCUGGUGGGGAGAGGGUUUGGCCCCAUUUCACAGACGGAAACCCACAUCUCAGAGCAGCUGGGGGAUCCUGGGGUUCUGGAGGCUCAACUUGGGGGGCUCUGAUCUGGUGGUCUCUUGCCGAGCACCCAGAAGGGCUCAGUGGCCCACAUACAUGCUGCGGGCUCCAGGUCCCUGAGCCACACAAGGGGGUGACAAGGCCUCUCUCUCUUGCUCCCUGGGAACAAAGAACGAGAAACAGAAAGUAUAGUACCCGUGGAAGCGUGUUGUAAAACCAAGCGCUGAUCCAGUGCCCUGUCGUCUUCAGACUGGCUUCUGGCUUCCUACGAGGUGUAAGGAGGUGGAGGAAAAGGUUUGUCUUGAACGUUGUGACCCAUCAAGACAAGCAAAGCCGCAGCAGUCCGCUCCGCUGCCUCUGCCCCUCCCGCCGUCCUCACACGCAAGGGCUGAAACGCGGUCUCCGCCGCUCCUCUGACACCUGGAAGCUGCCCUGUCAUUGGCAGAGCAUCACUGCACCCAAAUCGCUUAAUUUUUAAAAACAUCUUGAUUAAUGCUCUAAACUCCCUGGCCCUACAGGUGAGCAUUGGGCCUCAGUUGCUGGGCACGUGAGCCCUCUUCCUUGACACUCAGAGCGGGGAUGCGGCUCCUGGAGGA